UAAGACUUACAUAGAUGCAUGCGGUGUGGACAUAUGCUUCUUGAAAAAGAAAUGUGAAGAUUGUGAUGAUCCGUGUCUGACAAACCUUAGUCCGUUUUCCAAAGAAAAUUGCGAGAAGUUGCCUGAAUCGUGCAAAAUCCUGAAAGAAGACGAACAAAGUUUUUGUCGCCGAAAAUGUAGAGAAGGGUUAAACGAUGCUGGCAUGUACUAUGAUAGCUCCAAUACUGGUAGCACUGUGCCCGUUGGGGCUAUUAUAGGGCCGUUGUGCUUAGUUAUCGUGGUGAUAGCAAGUCUCAUCACAGUUUGUUAUUGGAUUCACAAAACACAGCAAGGAAAUGGAUCGAAAUCAAAGUCCAUUGUGAGGUAUGCUCCUCAUAAUCAGAAAGUUGACUUCGAAGGUCAAACGAGUGUUGCGACUCAGCCACUGCCACCCAUACCUGUAGAGAAUAACUGUAUUCCACCCACCUUACAACAGAAUACCUACGAACAGAUUGAUCCACAAUACACAGACCUCAAACAAGACAAGAAUGCUACAGCUUAUACGACCCUCCAACCAAACAGUGAUUCAAUACCUAAUUGCAACGCUUUGAAAACAAUUAAAGCUAAAAGCGAAACGUUGUUGAACACAAAUAUCUUAAAGGAUAAACCUACACCUGCGUAUUACACUAUGCAGAGAGAUGACAAUAGUGACGUCAAUGAGAAGUCGCACACAACUGAUGCUAAUGAUGAUGGAGAAGCUGACGAUUAUUUUGCGAAGUUGAGGCAGAAUGAUAUUGAAAAGGAAUCGUACAGUAAAUUAAAUCACAAUUCGUGCAAAAGUGUUCCGGAUGACGCAACUGGUGACUACAACAAGCUGAUCUCCACCCCUGCGUUUGACGAAGAGUCGGAGGAAUAUUCUCAUCUUAGGACAUCUCCAAACGUGGAUAAAUGCGUCACGGAUCCUGGCUACGGUAAACUAAACCUCUCAAUAGAAUCAGGUGAAAGUACAAUUAAACCGAAUGAUGGUUAUGAAGAAACUUUACCGAGUGAAGUUAAAACUGAAUAUGUAACUCGUGAAAGUUCACAACAAUUUAAAGACGACAACCGCUUGCGGAAAUCCAGGGCGGAAAAAGCAAAUUUGAAAAAUGGAUACGAAGAAGCAAUUAUUAGAAGUUCAGAUCAACUAUAAGGCAGUACCGAUUCGGGAACAGACAAUACAAAAAAUGGAUAUGAAGAAGCAAUUGUUAACCAAUAUAAGGACAAUUGAAAUCUCGGUGUAAAUUUUGGUAUAUAAAAACCAAAUCGUAUACUUCCAUGCCGUUUGACCGCCUUACAUGUGUUCCUAAUCAUGGAGAAAGGCCUACCGCCUGUCUUUCAGAGAGAAAAAAAUAUAGAACAGUAAUAAGCCAUUUUUCAAUGCGGGAGAGGAGAGAAGGGUUGUUGAUUUUUUUUUUAAAUCGACACAAUGAAAAUGUGUGUGUGUGUGUGUGUAUGAGUGUGUGUGUUGGGAGGGAAAUUCACAAUGCUGAAAUCUCUGUCUCGAGUGGCAGAUUGUCGUAGAUUAAUUUGUGACAUGGUGGUUCUCUGACGGGGUCUCUAUUUGCCAACUCUUUGACAGUAAAUAAAGUUGAUAUCUCGAAAUUGGCCUAACUAACCCCUUAAUUGUUUCAAAUACUUAUAAAAGUUAUAAGUCCUUGAUUGUUCUGUCCACUAUGAAAUUAUAAGCUAUAAUCACAUAGUGUUCUAUAUGAGAAAUUGUGAAUUGGUGAUAAAGAAUAGGGUAAACAAGUAAUGCUUAACUAUAUGUAAUUCUAUAUCUUUAAUAAUCUACCCAGGAAAGAUACUGUUAGGAAUUUGGCAUAUCUGCAAUUACUAUUCCUCUAUAUUACUUCUAAGCAUUUAGUAUCACAUUAGUAAAGCAGCUUUAAAUAAAAUUCAUAUUUACCUGCAUAUACUGUAAUAGGCUUUAUAGGUUUAUAGGCAAAUGCGUCUAGAAUACUUGUUUUGCAGAUGGAUGUACCGUAUAUAUAAGAGCAAAGAAUUAGUUUAUACAGUAUAUACGUAAACAGCUUGCAAAUAAACUGAAUUGCUACUACUGCUACGUAUCUCGAAUGUCACCUUGAUUGUAGGCACUCGAUAAAGAUUUAGAAUCGAUUGAAAUCCAUACAAGAUCUUAAAGAAAAUUGGUGAAAGCUAAUAGAUAAUAUUACUUGAAUAUUAUAUAUAUUUAUAUAUAAUUAAAAUGAUUCUGCGACCUCUAUAUAUUAGUUAAGUUGAUACUUUUAACUUAUUAGUCGUCCAUCUACCGAUGAAGAACCAGGGACGUAUCCAGGGGAGCCGUGGAGCCGGGUCUCCCCCCCCCCACCCAUUUGUAGUGUUAAAAUUUUAAAGCUUGUUCUUGAGCCAAUACAUAC